ACUGCAAGCAUGCCAAAGGUAAGCCUCUGCCCGACCCCACUGAGUCCGAGUCCGUCAUAGAGUGUGUGUGUGUCAUAGAUCAUCAAUCCUUGACAUGUAGAGUGCACAUAAGUGAUGCCCCCGGGGAAGUGGCCGUUAGCGUACGAGACGCCAAGUUCAAACGACGACGCACAAAGGGCGGGAUAAUCGGCACGGAAUAGCGCUGAGCUCUUGGGCUGGUGGGAGAUGUCGUGCAGGUGAUGCUCGGCAAUGGUGGGUGCGGAAAUGAUGCUCCCGGGGAAGUGGCCGUCAGCGUACGAGACGCCAAGUUCAAACGACGACGUACAAAGGGCGGGAUAGUCGGCACGGAAUAGCGCUGAGCUCUUGGGCUGGUGGGAGAUGUCGUGCAGGUGAUGCUCGGCAAUGGUGGGUGCGGAAAUGAUGCUCCCGGGGAAGUGGCCGUCAGCGUACGAGACGCCAAGUUCAAACGACGACGCACAAAGGGCGGGAUAGUCGGCACGGAAUAGCGCUGAGCUCUUGGGCUGGUGGGAGAUGUCGGCAACAGCGACUUGGCACACGGCUGCAUUCAGGUGGUUCGGCUCGGUUGAGAAGGGGACGAAGCGGGUGGCGCAUGCGAGCAGCAAGAGAAAGAGGACGAUUGGACGCACAGGGACUGCUGAUUCCUGUUGCAU